AUGGACCAACUGGUGCAGCACCUGCAACGGCUGGCACACGCCCUCUACGUCCAUGUCGUGAGCAUGCUGCGGGAGGCGCCGCCGGGUGCGCUGCCGCUGACGGGCGUUAUCGGCCUGGCCGCCCUUUUGGCUGGUCUCUACCAGCUGGGCUACACCCGCCGCGCCCCCGCAGCUGACCGCCCAAGAGCUGACGCCCAGCCGCGAGCCUCCAGGACCAACAGCGCCCAGUACAGGCUGGGAUCUCAGAAGCGGAGUUGCCCACCAGGAGAAUCCGAGGUGCCAGGGUCUGGGGCCCAGGGCCUGCCCAUCCCCCUCUCUGCCCUAAGGUCACAGCUGGUGGGCAUCUCAACGGUGACCAUAUCGGUACCGGGGGUGCUGCUGGAGCAGUGUGACGUGGAGGAGCUGGAGGAGGAGGCGACAGUGAGGCCAGACGCAGUGGAGAUCGUGAAGGAACUGGGGUCAUGUGUGCAGCUGUAUCUGAUGGCACAGGUGUCUAGUGACAUUGGGGAGGCAGUCGUUCGGGGCGCGCUUGAGGCUGCUGGUGUCCUGGGUAGAGGCAAGCAUCAAAUCCCUUCCCACAAACUACUGGUUUGCGAGACACUGCCAGGAAAGAUUGCGAUCGUGAGGCAAGUAGAGCCAGAGCUGCACGUGGAUGGUGAUCGGCGCACAAUCGAAGACCUGCAACGCUUCAUCCCCCAACAGCUGCACAUACACAAGCCGGGAGGGCAAUUGGCGAGCUGCAGUAUGGGCUCUGUGGGGUAUGGGGAGUCUCUUUCAGAUGCAUUGAACAUCGACUUAAGGUGA